UUAUUCCUUUUCACUUCUUGCCUUCCCCACCGGAGGCUUGGACAGAGCUGGAAAAAGAAACCAGUGUGCUUGCUGCUUCCAGGGCAUUGUAUUUGACUCCAGAUCCUAGCCAUGCUGGACUUGUAUACAAUUGUGUUGGGACUCCUGAUUGUUUUGCCCCUUCUGGGAAAUAUUUUCUUCCCCUAUCUUUGGCUGGACCUGGUCUACCUCUUCAACUUCAUACGUAUGGGAUACAGAUGCCACCGACAACUUCAGCGCAAUCCUCCUCAUACCUUGCUAGAUGUUUUCUUGGAGAAAGUUGAGAAACACCCAGAGAAGCCCCUGAUUCUCUUUGGAGAGGAUGUCUAUUCCUAUCAAGACAUUGACAGGCGCAGCAGCCAGAUGGCUAGAGUGUUGCAAGGCCAUGUAGGGCUGAAAGAAGGGGAAACGGUGGCUGUUUUCUUGAAGAAUGUCCCUGCCUAUAUCUGGGUCUGGAUAGGCUUGGAGAAAAUUGGCUGUAUCAUGGCGUGUGUCAACUAUAACAUCCGAUCCAAGUCCCUGUUACAUGUGCUCAGCUCCUGUGAGGCCAAGGUGCUUCUGACAACUCCAGAUUUUCAAGCUGCUAUUGAGGAAGUCUUGCCUACUCUAAAGAACGAAGGGGUACAAGUUUUCUAUCUGAGUGAUGAGUCCCCAACUGAGGGUGUGGAAGCUUUGCUGGGACAGAUCAAAUCCAGUUCACAUGAACCAUUGCCUGUUUCCCCCAGAGUCAAUAUAACCGCUAAAUCUACAUCGCUGUAUAUUUUUACUUCUGGGACCACAGGUCUACCCAAAGCUGCUCUUAUCACCCAGAGGAAGCUGUUCAUUGUGGCCGGCAUGUUUCGUUUAUGUGGGGUUAAGCCCAAGGACAUCAUUUAUUGCCCUCUCCCACUUUACCACUCAGCUGCACUCCUUAUUGGGAUUGGAGGAUGCUUGGAGGUUGGAGCCACAUUUGUCUUGAGGUCUAAGUUCUCUGCUACCCAUUUCUGGGAUGACUGCAGGCGAUACCAUGUCACUGUGAUCCAGUAUGUAGGAGAACUGAUGCGCUACCUGUGUAAUUCACCAAAGAAGGACAAUGACCGUGACCACAGUGUGCGGCUGGCAAUAGGCAAUGGCAUGCGGAGAGAGGUCUGGAAGGAAUUCCUGCGUCGAUUUGGAUUUGUCCAAAUUUAUGAGUUUUAUGGCGCUACUGAGGGGAAUAUUGGGUUCAUUAACUACACUGGGAAAGUUGGAGCUGUGGGAAGAACUAACUUCCUUCACAAGAAAAUGACAAUGUUUGAACUUGUUAAAUACAAUGUUGACCAGGAUGAGCCUGUCAGAAACGAGAAAGGGCACUGCAUCCCAGUGGCCUUGGGUGAGACAGGUUUACUUGUGUCAAAGAUCACUCAUGCCACCCCGUUUUCAGGCUAUGCAGGAGACCGUCAGAAGUCAGAGAAGAAGAUUCUCUGGGAUGUCCUAAGAAAAGGAGACAGUUACUUCAACACUGGUGACCUUCUGAUGCAAGACCAUGAAGGCUUUAUAUAUUUCCAGGAUAGGGUGGGGGACACUUUCCGCUGGAAGGGGGAGAAUGUGGCCACUACAGAGGUUGAGAGGACUCUGGCAGCAGUGGACUUCAUUGAGGAAGUCAAUGUAUAUGGGGUGCCAGUACCAGGGCAUGAAGGAAAGACUGGCAUGGCAGCUGUACGGCUAAAGGAAGGGUUCUUGUUUGAUGGAAAGAAGCUGUAUACUCAUGUCAAGGACUACAUGCCAAACUAUGCCAUACCUCGCUUUGUCCGCCUCAGGGUGAGACCUCUUUUUGUCACUGUACUUUCCACUCUGCUCCUGCCUCAGUGGGGCCCCAGUAAGGAAGCCCUGGAAAUCACUGGAACAUUCAAACAGUGCAAAGGUCAGUUGGUGAAAGAAGGAUUCGACCCGGCCCUCAUCAGUGACCCCCUGUACUUCUUAGAUGACUUGGAAAAAUGUUAUAUGCCCAUGACUCAGCAGAUCUUCAGCUCCAUCACAGAGAAGAAACUGAAGCUGUGAAAGGUCUUCCACACACAUCAUGCAGUGAUCCCCAUAGCUUUCCUAGUGGCAUAGGGAACCCAGGAGGAGCUGUAAAUGUGAGGCUCGUGCCUUCUGCCUGGGAAAGGAGAGAUUGCCAAAAACAGAUUUUUUAAAAAAUUUGUCAACCUGGGACACAUGUUCUUGUGUGUAAUAUGCACAACACAAGACAGUUCACGAAACUGUGUACGUGAGUGACAGCUGGUGGUUCCCAUAUCAAUAGGGCAACGAAUCUGCUCCAAAUUUUAGUAUGAACUCUAAAGAAAUCCUAAUACUCUAAAGAAAGCCUAAUAUUUUGCAGAUAGGGUUCAGCCUAUUGGAUGGCUCCUUUUAAAGCUCAAAUGAAAACCCAAGACAGAUUCAUUGCCUUACUGAUAUGGUAGCUGCAAGUCACUAUUGGUGUAUGUAUGCACAUGUAUGAAAUAAUCGAUUCACCUUCCCUCCAUCUAGAAUGUAUUCUUCUGUUUCCACAUGACUUACUGGCUCUUCACUGUAUAUAUUGGAAGAUGAACAAGAGGUAGUGGCAAGGCUCCUUUUGCUCGCCACCCUCUAAAAUGAUUUUCUUUCCUUUCAUUCGUAUGUUGCACCCUCCUAUACGAAUAUAAUCCUGGGCCAAAUGUGUGAUAGGAGGCAAUUACUGGGAGGCUGGGAUCUGUUUUCAGGAAAUGGAGAUCUGUUUCAAGUUGCCGUGGAUCUUUCUCCAUUGACAUGUUCAUAUUUAUUGUAGAGAGGCACCUCGGUGUGCUGUUUGUAAUGGAUAGCACCACAUAUAAAUAUUGUUAUUGAAACUCAGGUGAAUCAGCCUCAGAAGACACAGUAAAAUGUCAUACCACUAAAAUGGGUACCCACUGAACCUCCACUAGCUUAGCCUUUCCUGGAGGAAAUGCCAUAUUAUCUUUUAGUUCCUUUUAGGUGGUCAGAGGAUUUACACAGCUAAAACAACACAGGAACUGGAAUAGUGCUUCGUUACAGUAGGACUCUCCACUUCAUGCUUCAGAAUCUGGUUCUAAAAUGAAAUCAACUAGAGAUGCUGAAAAAAUGCCACUCUUCUUGGAGCAUUCUCCUAGAUAAUAUUUACAUGAAGAAUUACACUUGACUAGUGAGUCUUCUGCACAUACUAGAAAUCAGUACAAGGAGACAAAGAAACAAGGGAUCAGCCCGGAAAGCAUCUCUGAAAUGUAGUCUAACUACCCAUCUUUCAGGGUAGGGAAAUGGCUGCAUAAAGUUUCUCUGGGCCAUAAAAGGUGGAGCAGCAGGAACACAUGCCACUGAAAUGAAGCCUACGUUAGUGGGAAAAAUAUCAAGAGGAUGAUUAUUUUAAAAUGUCAACACAGUAUUUCUAGAAACAGUCAGGGGUAAUAAUAAUAUAUGACAAGGCAGCCAUUGCCAGUUUGAGGUUCUCUACAUACUUUGUAUAGAAUUCAUAAUCUCUGGGCACGUAUCAUAUUGGCUAAGGCUGAUGAGAACUAGAGCACAAAAUAUAUGGUAUCCACCAGGCUGGGGAAGGUUGUGAUAGGCACUAAAGCAAGUCUUGAUUGAUGGGUGUAGAAAGGUAAAACAAAGGACUUUAGUAAGAUGUUUCAGUUGGAGUGGGUGAUUAGAUAGUACAGAAGAUGUAUCAAAGCAUUUAGGACAGUACACAAACAUCUUUUGCCAUGUUUAUAAAACAUACCAGAGGGUGUAAUUGGGACUGCAUUAAUCUGGAGCCAAGGAGAACAAAGAGUAAUGUGCUAGUAUCACAUUCUUCCAUGAAAUUAUAAGGAGAAAUGCGUUUGGUAUCUAAGGAAGAGGACCAGUUUUGUUUGUAUUUGAAAAACAACUCAGCAUUCUCCCACCUCCUUGCCUUGAAACUACGUGCUCACUGUUCAUUAUUAAUGUUUUUGGGGUGACAUGAAUGAGCAGGAUAGAAGAAAAAAAAUAAAACUUAAAUGUUGGAAAGAUAACGAAA